UCUGCCUCACUGUCUAUCCCUCGCGCUCUCUCUUGUCUGUCUGCCUCUCUCUGUCUCUGUCUCUGUCUCUGUCUCUCUGUCUCUCUCUCUAGGCGUAUCUCAGGGAACCAGCUGAGGUACAUUUCCGGACAGACUCUCCAGGGACUCCACAACCUCAAAGUAUUGAUGCUCCAAAAUAACCAACUGGAGAAGCUGCCUGAUGACGGCCCCUGGGACCUGCCCAACCUCCUGUCACUGCGCCUGGAUGCCAACCUCCUGUCUAAGGUCCCUGCAGGGGCCUUCAGGGGGGUGGGCUCCCUGAGACACCUGUGGCUGGACGACAACUCCCUGACGGAGAUCCCCGUGGCCGCGCUGGACUCUCUGCCCUCCUUGCAGGCCAUGACCCUGGCCCUCAACCGGAUCACGCACAUCCCCGACCACGCCUUCACCAACCUCUCGGCCCUGGUGGUGCUGCACAUUCAUAACAACCAGAUCCAGAGCCUGGGAGAGAGAUGCUUCGAGGGCCUACAGAGUUUGGAAACCCUGGAUCUGAACUAUAAUGAUCUGCAGGAGUUCCCUGUGGCCAUCAGGACACUGACUAAGCUUCAGGAACUGGGAUUCCACAACAACAAGAUCAGAUCCAUCCCAGAGAGGGCCUUCGUGGGAAACCCACAGCUUCAGACCAUCCAUUUCUAUGAAAAUCCCAUCCAGUUUGUGGGCAAAUCCGCUUUCCAGUUCUUACCCAAGUUGCACACGCUUUCCCUGAAUGGUGCGACUCAGAUUCAACAGUUUCCUGACCUAAAAGGAACCACCAGCCUGGAAAUACUGACCCUCACUAGGGCAGGGCUCUCCGCUCUCCCCCGGGAUCUGUGUGAGCAGCUGCCUCGCCUCAGAGUGCUGGAAUUGUCUCAUAACCAGAUCAAGGAUCUACCCAGCUUUUACGACUGCUCUGCACUGCAGGAAAUCGGGCUACAGCAUAACCAGAUCAGAAGGAUUGAAUCAAGCACAUUCCAACAGCUGGUUUCUUUACGGGCUUUAGAUCUGAGCUGGAAUAUCAUUGAGUGGAUCCAUCCAGAUGCGUUCGCCUCUCUCCACUCCCUGCUUAAACUGGAUUUAACAGAGAACCGCCUCAGCUCCGUACCGGUUGGAGGCCUGGUUGGGCUCACUCAUCUCAAGCUAAGAGGCAAUACAGAUCUGUAUGAGGCCUUUAGCCCAGAGUACUUCCCCCGUAUGAGGGUCAUAGAGAUGCCCUACGCCUACCAGUGCUGCGUCUACGGCUCGUGUGACAGCUACAAGUCUGCCGCGCAGUGGGACACGGAGCAGGGCAUCGGCGACGACGACCCCCACAAGAGGACCAUCGCCCUUUACCCCAGCCACACAGACACACACUAUGACACUGACCUGGAAGAGUUCCAGCUGGAAAUUGAGGAAUCCAAACUACAGACCAGUGUUCAGUGCACACCUAAUCCAGGUCCUUUCCGCCCCUGUGACUCUCUGCUGGGCAGCUGGCUGGUGCGCGUGGGCCUGUGGGCCAUCUCCUUCGUGUCCGUCUUGGGGAACUUCAUGCUGCUCCUCUCACUCUUCGGCUCGGCCGGGUACCUCUCCCCGCUACGCUUCACCGUGGCCUGCAUGGGCGCCUCCAACCUGCUGACGGGCGUGUGCACGUGCACCCUGGCCCUGGUGGACGCCCUGACCUUCGGCGAGUUCGGUCACCACGGCGCCCGCUGGGAGGGCGGUCCCGGUUGCCAGGCGACGGGCUGGGUGUGGGUGUUCUCCUCCGAGGCGAGCGUGCUGCUGUUGACGCUGGCGGCCGUGCAGUGCGGCGUGAGCGUGACGUGCGUCCGGGCCUACGGGAAGUCCCCGUCGCUCGGCAGCGUCCGCGCCUGUUCCCUCUUCUGCCUCACCCUCUCCCUCACCCUGGCCUCCCUCCCGUUGGUGGGAGUGGGGGAGUACGGCUCCUCGCCGUUCUGCCUGCCUUCCCCCCUGCCGCCCUCGUCCUCCCAGCCCCACUCCUCCAUCGGCUUCCCCCUGGCUCUGAUCAUGAUGAACACCCUGUGCCUGCUGAUAGUGACCGGCUCCUACCUCCGCCUGUACUGGGAGCUGCUGAGGGGAGAGUGUGAGGGGCUGUGGGACUGUGCCAUGAUCAAGCACGUGGCCUGGCUCAUAUUCACCAACGGCCUCCUGUACGUGCCGGUGGCCAUCCUGUCCCUCUUCUCCCUGCUGGGCCUCCUGUCUCUGGGUCAGGAGGUGCUCAAGUCAGUGCUGCUGCUCCUUCAGCCCCUGCCCUCCUGCCUCAACCCGCUCCUCUUCCUGCUCUUCACGCGAGACUCCUCCCAGUUCUUCUUCUUUUGGCCCCGCCCUAAAGCACGCCCGCAGCUCCGCCGCGACCACCUGCACGACUCGCUGAUGUCGGUGGAGACGGAGAAGAGCUCCUGCUCCGAUUCGUCGGCGCAGCUUUCCCUCAACGAGUCCGACGGCCUGUACAGCGACGGGCCUGCCCUCACCAGGUCAAAUCCAAUCAGGUUCUCCAACUGCUCCUCGACGUCCUCUUCUGUCCCGCUCAUCCCCUGUCAGAUACCUUCUCCGAGGCCCAUAGACAGAGUGACAGAGAGGCUGAGCCUGGGAAACGAUGGCCGUCUCAAAAGCUUUGACGGGGGUGAGGGCAGCCACACCUGCUCCUUCCACCCCUCCUCCAUGCCGCCCUCCAUCGCCUCCCCUCCCUGACUCCCACAUCAUAUGGUAAAAGUCUGGAAACAGUGGACUCUCUUGGACCACCUUGGUUUCGCAGCAGCAUAGAACCAGGGCCAAGUUAUUCAUCUUCCAAGUUACUGAAAACAGGCACGAAAAACAAGCAAAUAAGUGCACGGGAAUCCAAAACCCUACACCAACAGUCUUCAAGAAGCAAAAGAAGAAAAGACUAUUCAAAUAAAACACCCCAUAAUAUUGGCAUCUGGGGUGGUGGAGUCUUUUUCAGACACUUUGGAGUGGAUUGAGUCAGUCGUGUACAAUCCAUGAAGAACACAGAGCUCAAAUCAUAGUGGUCUAGACAGGGCAGUUUAAGUAGAGCCUUAAAAUGUUUAAAGUGUAAAUGUUAAUAUUGAUAUAUGUUGUUAAGAUGGUUAGGCAAAUUAUUGAUAGUUUGGUUGUGUUUAAGAGUUUGAUGUUAUUGUUUUUUUAAAUACAAGUUCUCUUACUGCUAUGGUUAACUUCAAAUAUAAGGGAUCAAUUAAGUUAAACAAGGACAGGUAGUUUCAUCAGAGUAUGCUCAACUAUGCUUUUUGGUUUUUGCAUGACUCAUUUCAUCAACAAAACUGCCUUUUGUGAUAGCCAAAAUACAACAGGAAACAGACAGCACAUAUAGUUUACAUGUUUUAUGGUCUAAUAAUGCAACUUUCCAGACAA